AGCAAUUAUAAGUUUCCUAGCUUCCCCAUAGCUAUUUAUUCUACCACUUCUUAAUAUCAGAGUGUCAAAAUGUCAAAUGGUUUUGACUUUUGACACAAUAUUUGAAUUGAAUACUUCAUAUUUAAGUGAGAUAAACAUUAGUUAGUUUAAAUAAAAUUCAGAGAAUUAUUUAUUUGAUCAUAUACUCCGUAAUAUAUUAAGGAGUAUAAACUUCGCAUAGUUAAUGAGUGAAUAAACCGCUAUUUUUAAAAUUUGAAGGUUAACAACUACUACAAAUCGAAUUUUCUUCAUUUCAAGUUUAGAUUAUUUUCAAAAGUCCAUAACUUUUAACUCAAAAUAAGUUAGGAGAUCCAUAUUAUAUCAAAUACUAGUAUAAGUUAUUUUAAGACCAAAUAUUACCUUCCCUGAAGUGGUCCAUCGAUUUAACUUCAUAUCAAUACUUGCUAAACCUACCAAUACCCACUCAUAGUUAGAAAAUUAUAUAUUCUCUGUGUGUGUUCUAUAUCCAGUCUCCAAUCAUGUUUUCUUGCUUCUCCACUUAGUUUGUUCUUUGCAUUUGUAGCAAAGGUCUAAUCUUUAAUUCUCUAAGCUGAUCUUAUUCAUUCUUGCAUUCAAUCUUUGUGUAUAAACCUUUGUUCACUUCUAGUCUACAUUAUUUCAAUCAUUAUAUUUUAUCAGCAGGCCAACAUACACACAUACAUACAGCUUUCAAUCAGGAAGGAAUCACAAUAGCCACUGAUCCCUCUUACCGCGUUGUGUUUGAGUCAACAAAGGGUUUUCUUGCAACAAAUUGCUUCUUUUAGCCAAUAGCAACAGAGAAGCUGGAGAGUAGCACUACUUUCUUUGUGUAAGAAAAUGGUUAGAGAUCCAUUGAACCAGCCCGGGCCAAAGGAUGGAACAAUUCAAUGCUUUAUCCAGCGGGACAAGCGUAAAUCAACAUACUAUCUCUUUUCAUGUCCAACUCCUGCUUUGCUAGUUGAAAAGGGGAAGCUCCUUCUCUCUGCUAAAAGAACUCAGACAAUUCCUUUCACAGAAUAUGUCAUAUCAUCCAAUGCAGAAAAAAUCUCUCAAUCAAGCAAGACGUGCAUUGGGAAACUCAGAUCAAACUUUGUGGGAACAAAAUAUACAAUCUAUGACACACAGCUUGCAUGGACUAGAGCAAACAUCCUCACUCCAGAGCACCCAAGUCAGAUGUUAUAUUCCAAGAAAGUCUCUCCUAAUGUUCAAACCGAAGAAAGCUAUAAACUAGGUCACAUCACGUACAAUCUCAAUGCUCUUGGACCAAGAGCUCCGCGCAAAAUGCACUGUACCAUCCAUUCAACUCCCGAGUCGAAACCAUUGGUUCUUGAGAACAAGCAGCCAUGCUGGCAUGAAAAGUUGCAUAUUUGGUGCCUAGACUUUAAAGGGCGGGUAACCGUUAAAUCAGUUAAGAAUUUCCAACUUUUUGUAGAGCGGGACUGUCAUUCGGAUCAUAAUGAGGUCAUUCUACAAUUUGGGAAGGUUGGGGAGGACGUUUUCACCAUGGAUUAUCGAUAUCCUUUAUCUGCGUUUGAGGCUUUCGCCAUAUGCUUAAGCAGCUUUGACACCAAAGUGGCUUGUCAAGGAUAGACAGUGAUGUUUUUCUUGAAGUGUUAAUAUUUAUAUUAAUUCCAAUUAUGAACCCCUUCAUGGGUGGCGUUAUAUCUAAUCUAAUUUCCAUAUGUUAUACGUAUGAGGCAAUUCUGGGAACUUGAAGUAUCGAGGUAAGAAAUCUAAUAUAGUCAUUUCAUGAAGUCACUACAAUGACAAUCUUCCUUACAAAGUGAUAUAAAAUAUGUAGUAUGUUACUAUCUCUGUCUUGAUAGUCCCAUAUAUCUUUUGUAGUAUCCCAAAUUAAUAGUACCAUUUUCUUUUCCAAC